AUGGUCAGCAGAGCAGGACGCUCUAAAGGCUGUUCGAAUUGCCGGCAACGGCGCGUAAAAUGUGAUGAAAAUCGACCAAUCUGCAACCGCUGUAAAAAACGAAACUUGACGUGCGAUGGCCCGAAGGACUCCACCUGGAUUAGCCUUAACCAUGAUCGGCCUCCUCUCAGCCGUUCGCACAAUCCGAUUCCUGCAGAACUUUCCUUCAUUGCUUUCGAAGACGACAUAUGUGUAUCUUAUACACGUAAACACUUGAUGAGAGGCGGCUGUGUUGAAGUAGCAUGCGACCUGGUUCAGCGCGUCGGCCUGAGCAGCGAUGUAUUGGACCCCGGUCUUAGUUUGCUUCGCGACGCUAUCCUCAGUCUGUCUGCUGCGUUCUAUGGCAAUCAGCACCGUCAAGGAGCUAUUACUAACCGCGGUUACAAGACCUACGGCAAAGUUUUGGGGCAGCUUAAUACACACUUAGCGCAGCCUCUGUUGCAAACAACGAACGAGACGAUCAUGACCGCGAUUACAUGCAUGAUAGUCGAGAUCUUCGUCCCAACCGGCCCAAACAACUUCUUCAAGCAUGUGCAAGGUAUCGAAGCUAUUCUCGCCGCUCGAGGACCCCCUACUUCGCCUUUAGGAGCGGACCUAAGCAUGCUCGGCGGUGUCCGAAUCCUCUGCAUUGUUGGCGCAAUAGUACAGCGAAGACCCUCCAUUUGGGCACAAGAAGAAUGGAAGUCUGUUCCACCACUGUGUACCGAUGAAGGCUCCCUCAUUCGGCACGAGAUCUUGCUCAUCCUAGCAGAUUGUACUGUCCUGAGGAAAGGGCUCAAUCAUGCCUCCUUAUACGAACACACGGAAGAGGACUAUUCUCAAACGAUAGUGCGCGCACGUGAGUAUCUCGACCGGUUGAACGCCCUCUAUUUCCGCUGGGAGCAACACAACGCAAGCAUACUGGGCGAAAUGGCAUCCCCAAACUUUCAAGAUCCCACUAUCGCAAAUCAUGCAUCGGCAACGACAUACAUGCUCUAUAAUGGGGCUUACAUCUGCCUUUUACGCAUUGUGAGCGCUUACAGUCCGUCAACAGAGACCCUCUCGCUGCAAUCUCUACAAGUCGCAGCGGCCUUGCGUAUCGUAAAAUGUCUCGAAUUGAAAGCGUACGAGAAGCGUGAAGGUAGCGGCGAGUCGAAUACGAUUGGGUUUGUCGCUACAAAAGUUGCAUGGGAAACGCUUGGUGGUUUCAGUUCACCGGGAGGAAGAAGGCUGUCUCGUGCGGUCAAGGCCGCAGCUAACGGGGUGUUCGCCGUGGGGGCGUGGGAUGAACCAGAAGAGCUUCUGGAACCAAGAGCGUCACUCUACGCAGCAGGAAACAUCAGAACUGCAGCUCCAUUAGUACAUGAGCAGUCCGUGAUGGCGUCAUCACCAAACUACAAGGUAUUUGAGCUCAUCAACAUCGGCGAGAAAAACAUAGUAGUGGACACUGUACCUUUCGACCUUCCACGCGAACGCGACAGAUCUAUGGGAAUACCUAAGAACUCAUCACAGAUUUCCGUCGCCUGA